AUGCUAUCAUUGCAAAGAUCUGAAGAUGCGCUUGUUAACUUUCAGCAGAACGACAUGGAUAUCGAUACCUAUUUCUCGCAGGGGGCGGACGAGGGCAGGGUUUCCGCGAUGAUGGCCAGGAACGAGGUGAUGUUAUCGCAGAUUAUCGAUGGUGGCACUGGCAAUAUCAAUAGCAAUGGUGGUGGCUCGAGUGAUAUUGCCCAAAUCCCCGCCGCGGCCGGCAUCAUUGAGAAAAUCAUUUUACAAAACUUUAUGUGCCACGAGUUUUUCGAAUUAGAGCUCGGCCCACGAUUGAACUUCAUCAUUGGUCGCAAUGGCAGUGGGAAAAGUGCGAUACUAACCGGGAUCUCCGUGGGGUUGGGGAGUAAUGCCAAAGACACCGACCGGGGGAAAAGUUUGAAGAAUUUGAUCAAACGGGGCAAAGAAUUGGCAAAAAUCACGAUCGUGCUCGCUAAUAAAGGAGAUAUUUCAGAAUCGUUUAAACGAGAUAUCUAUGGGGACACCAUCACCGUGGAACGAUUGCUAAGGACCGAUGAAAAAAACACUUAUACUAUAAGAUCGGAAACUGGGAAAGUGGUAUCGCAUAAAAAAAGCGAUUUGGACGAAAUCACCGAGUAUUUUGACAUAACCGUUAACAACCCACUAUCGUUUCUAUCCCAAGGAGAGGCAAAGACAUUUCUUUCCAGCAGCACUGACAAGGACAAGUACCGGUAUUUCAUGAAAGGUCUUCAGUACGAUAUUGUGCUUGCAGAAUAUAAGCAUUCAUGGAACCAAUUGGCGAAAGUCGAUUUGGAAAUCAUUGAAAAACACAAGCAUUUGAAAGCAUUAGAUAAAGAUGAAAAGCAAGCCCAGAAAGAAUUCAGCUUAUUCCAUAGAUCCAAGAACUUGCGACAGUUCCAAAAAUUCUACAGCGGGAAACUUUUAUGGUUUGAAAUAGAGUCCAGAAAGCAGGAUGUGAAACGGUUGGAAAAGGCGAAGAUCCAAGCGAUCUCGCGGGUUGCCAAUUCACAAGAAUUGAUUAUUCAAGGAAAAGAAAAUGCCGAGUUACUCAGGCCCAAGAUCCUCAAAUUAACCACAGACCAAGAAAAGUAUCAAGAGGACAUUCAACAUUUAGAUAAGGAAAAGACCGAAGUGAAGACCAGUUUGAAAGACAUUGAACGGCAACUCAAUAUCGUCGAUGGGAAAAUCCAAGAUUUAAAUGACGAUAUUUCCGCAAAAAUGCAAGAAAAACUGAAGCUCCAACAUAAAAUCAAAGUGGAAGUAAAGCGGUUAGAUUCUUUAUCCAACGGGUCUAGAGAGUCAAUCCAGUCCCAGUUGGAUUUAUUAGAGGAUAGGAAGCGGCAACAUUUGCAAAGAAAACAGGAAUUGAACGAAGCCAUCCAUGGUAAACAGGAAGCUUUUGGAAACAUGUCGCGAAUGAUUCUGGAGGAAUUAAAAGAACGGAAAACCAGGAUUUCCAAACUACAACAGCAUAAACAUGACUUACACAGGUUUGAACGGGACAAGUUUGCUCCUUAUGGCGACAAAGUGGAAAAAGUGUUGAAAGAUAUCCAAAAAGAUCAUCGAUUCAAAUCGAAGCCUAUUGGACCAUUAGGCUUUUAUAUGUACAUCAAGCCAGGCCAUGAAAAAUUCCUGUCGUUGUUAGAGAAAAUCUUGCCAACAAUGGCCUUCGUGGUCCAAAGCUUCGAUGACCAAACAUUGCUAAAAGGGAUUUUCAAGAAAUUUAGUUUGAAUCUUCGAAUCAUUAUUAGAAAUUUUGAAAGAUUUGCCUACAAGACCAACCCGAGCGAGGGACAAAAACGACAUGUGUUAUCAAUCCUUGAUAUUUUGAAAUUUGCCAAUGAAGAUGUCAAAUAUACCCUUAUUGACGUAGCGUCGAUCGAGAGGAUUUUCUUAUCCGAUAGCCAAGAUGAGGCGCGAUGUUUAGUAGAAGAAAACCUUUAUGGGAUUUCCAGUUGUUACAGCUUGUUUGAUUCAUCAUCGGCUAAAAAAUUUGGGAAAUCGAUGUUUGGUGGUUUCAAACUGGACCCAGUUUAUUAUCUUCAGAACCAAUUACCAAAAAUCCGGGCCUCUUCUGAGCCUGGCGGGUCAGGAUACCAAGGUGAAAUCAGAAAAAUUGAACUACAAAUUGAAGGAGAUCAAAUUGAAAUCAACCAAUUUGAAACCCAUUCGCACCACGAGAGAAGACUGAUGCAAGGAGAAAUUGAUACUUUGAAGUUGGAGUAUACCCGAUUGAAAGAAGACUCUGUUAAAGUGGAAAAGGACAUCAUCAAACUUCAAAGUCAGCUAGAGAAUUAUGAUGAUGAUCAUCAAUCACGGAUUGAAGUAUUGAAAUCAGAUGUCAGCAAUAUUGAUGAUGAAAUACGGAUUAAAGAAUACUCGUUGCUAGAUUCCGAAACAGAACUACAACAGUUACAACAGAAAUUCACCGAGAUUGAAGAGAACCUUACAACAUUGGCGCAAAAAAUCGGGGAAUGCAGCGUAUCAAAAUUGUCAAUAAAUAAAGAACUUGAGGAUCUCAAAGAUGAAGAAGAAGCAAUCAAAGAGACGAUUGAAAACGAAAGACGCCAGGUGCAGAAACGAGAGAUUAUUGCUAAUCGAAUCCAGGAUUCCAUCAAGACCGCCAAAGACGAGAUUGUGAAAUUUUCCCAGAAAGCCGAAAAUUACUGUUCUUUGAGUGAAGCCAAGAUUGAUUUCCAAACUGAGACCUUGGAAGGGAUCAAGAAACAAUUAGACGAAUUCUCAAAGCAGGCUAGUCAAAUAAGUGUCCAAUUAGGCAAACCUGAGGAGGAGAUCUUGAAGAAUAGAGAAGCUAAAAUGCAGGAGUAUCGAGCGGCCCGUGAUGAGUUGAUAAUGGCGGGGAAAUUGCGAAAGAAACUAUACAGAUCGAUGCGGAAUAGAAAAGAGGCGUCGAAACUUAAUCGAGAUAUGUUUUGUCUGCUUGCUAAUACCAGUUUCAUCAAUUCUCUCAACUUUCGGGGUUUCCAAGGCCACCUUGAAUUUGAUUUCAAAAAUGAGAAUUUGAAGAUGUUAGUGGGGAAACAUGGACAAGAGCCUCGAGAAGUCACGUCGUUAUCGGGAGGAGAGAAAUCAUUCACCCAAAUUGCGUUGCUCUUGUCAAUUUGGGGUCCCAUGAGAUCCCGAGUGCGAGGGCUUGACGAAUUCGAUGUUUUCAUGGACACUGUGAACCGAAAGAUCUCGAUGGACUUGAUCUUGAAGAAUUUGAGAGGCUCUCCAAAAUCCCAAACGAUAUUCAUCACCCCUUUGGAUGUAGGUCACAUAAAAGGCCUUGAUUCAUCACAAGUUGAUAUUCAUAGAUUGAAGGAUCCAAUUAGACGGAACCAAUAA